AAGGCGUGGUUAUACCGUUAGGGGCGUGGCCCAUCAGGGGGCGUGACCCGCCGCGCUCUCCGUGAGCCCCGGGACGGGCGUGGCCAUCAGCGGGAGGGGCGUGUCUACCGGCGAAGGGGGCGUGGCCAGCGGGAGGCCCCUCACGGUGUGGCGGGAGGCGGCGGCGCCGCCUCGGUGAGGGCGGGCCGGGCUCGGGCUCCGCUCCGGCUCCGCUCCCUGCUCCCGGCGCUGCGCGGGGAAGCGUGAGGCUCCCCUCAGGCCGCGCCUCCCCUCAGGCCGCGGCGGGACCCCGGGCCCGCGCCAGGCCGCGCCGCGCCGCGGCGCCGUGAGGGGAAGAUGGCCUCUCGGAGGAUCACCCGCGAGGCGUUCGAGGCCGUGGUGCAGGACAAAGUUAAGCGGUACCGCAUGGAGCGGAGCGGUGCCGCGGGGGACGCCGUCCAUCCGUUCAAAGCUCACUCCCGGCCGCUGCCCCGGCCCCGCUACAACGAGAGCUUCCACCACGACGGGCGCUUCCCUCACGCCAACUGCCAGAGCGAGGAGUGGAGCGGCGACCCCGGGCAGGAUUACCCCGGGGAAAACUACCCCGGGGAGGAUUACCCCGGGGAGAACUACCCCGGGGAGAACUACCCCGGCCCUUCCUACAGAGCCGCCAGCCCCCUGCUCCGCAAGGAGAAUUAUUUCCACGGACACUUCUCCCGGCCCGCGCCGCGGGAGCGGGAAUUCGCCCGGGAUUACGGGAAGUUUGGCCGCGCGGCUGCCCCCGGCCGGGAGUACGGGCAGCGGGAUUACCAGCAGGGUUACGGCCCCCCGGGUUCCUGGGGAGCCGGCGGGCCGCACGGAGCCGAGUUCGGCUCCCCGGAUGUUCUAGGGGAUUUCAGGUCGCCCGGGCUGAUGGAGGAGGAGUACGGCAGCGUGGAGGACCAGGAGUACGAGGCGGAGUUCGGGGCGCCCGACGGCGAGUUCCGGCCGCCGCUGCGCAGGGGAGGCGUGGGUAGGGGCAGAGUCCUGAGGGGGAAGCGCCUGGCCAGGGGGGUGGUGAAACCCAAGGUGUUCAAAGGAGACCUCAAAAGCCCCCUCAAGAAGUGGAGCUUGAAGAAGCCCCAGCCAGGCCUGGAUCCCAAAGCUCUGGAUCAGCCUCUGGAAGUGGCCGAGCGCCCCGGCCCCAAGCUGCCCCCGCACCCCGUGGCAGCCCAGAGACCCGUCCUGAGGCUGCCGAAGCCCGCCCACGUCUUCAGGAACCUCAACUUCGACCUGGUGGAUAAAUCUGACAUUUUCUCCACCUUCGGCAUCGAGAUCAUCAAGUGGGCCGGGUUCCACGCCAUCAAAAACGACGCCGAGUUCUCGCGGCUCUUCGGGGCGCUCUUCGAGCUGGAGACUGAGACCUGUGCCAAGAUGUUGGCCUCCUUCAAGUGCUCCCUGAGGCCAGAGCACAGAGAUUAUUGCUUUUUCACCAUCAAGAGCUUGCAGCACGCCGCCCUGAAAACCCCCAAGGUGGACAACGAGUUCUUGAACAUGCUGCUGGACAAGGGGGCCGUGAAAACCAAGAAUUGCUUCUUCGAGAUCAUCAAACCUUUUGAUAAAUACAUCAUGAGGCUCCAGGACCGCCUCCUCAAGGGGGUGACCCCGCUGCUGAUGGCCUGCAACGCCUACGAGCUGAGCGUUAAAACCAACGGCUUUGGCGACCCCAGGGAAAUGGCCAACGCCUUCGAGACCACCGUGUCCCUGUGCCGGAAAUCCCUGGCCCUGCUGGGCCAGACCUUUGCCCUGGCCUCUGUGUUCAGGCAGGAGAAAAUCCUGGAGGCCGUGGGGCUGCAGGAGAUGGCGCCGGCGCCGACGUCCUUCCCAAAUUUCGACGAUUCCACGCUCUUUGGGAGGGAGUACAUCGAGAACUUGAAGGCUUGGCUGGAGAAGAGUGGGUAUCCCAUCCAGAUGAAAAAAGGGGAGGCCGAGUCCGCGGAGCAGCUCAAAGCGGCCUCCCCCGACAGCAAAGCCCCCCAACGAGCUGACAGGAAAGUUGUGGACACAAUUGAGCAGCUGGUGAGCAGCAUCGUGUCAGGAACUUUGUCUGCCAAGGACAGGAGUGCUCAGAAGAACUCUCCUGAAUACUGGUUCCUGUCUGACGAGGAGAGCCUGGAGUACAAAUACUACAGGCUGAGGCUGUCAGAGGUGCAGAGGAGGAGCCUGCCUGGGGAAGGAGCUGCCCCAGAGUCCCUGCGGGCCCUGCUCUACGCCAGGAGAGUGGCCAGCAUCAAAAAGAGACUUUUCAAAGGGAAAAAAAAACCUGCCUUUGUCCCUCCCCGUGCCAGCAGGGCCAGGAAGGUGAGGAGGGCAAGCAGGGGCACCCAGACUGUGCUGUCAGCUGGGACAGUGCUGAAGCACCCAGACCAAAAUCUUCCAGGUGCAGCCCAGGCCAAGGUUGCCCUGGCAGAGCCCGGGCUGGCCCAGGCUGGCCUGGGUGCCACCUCGGCCUCCCAAGGUGCCAGCAGCUCCCAGGUGGCCGUGCCAGCAGAGGAGGAGGCAGGUCCUGAGGGUUCAGCAGCAUCUCCUGAGCUUCUGCCAGCCCUGGGCUCUCAGUUUCCUGAUGUGGAUGCCAAAACCAUGGAAACUGCAGAGAAACUCGCCAGGUUUGUGGCUCAGGUAGGGCCAGAGAUCGAGCAGUUCAGCAUUGACAACAGUGCAGACAACCCCGACCUCUGGUUCCUCCAGGAUCCCACCAGCCCCGCCUUCAAAUUCUACCGCAUGAAAGUUUUCCAGCUGUGCCCCUCCAUCACCUUCAGCCCCGAGGCUGCAGAAGCUGCCACAGCUGCAGGGACAGCCCUGGAGAACGAGGAGGACGAGGAGGAAGAAGAGGAAGAAGAAGAAGAAGAAGAAGAAGAAGAAGAGGAAGAAGCUGAGUUUGAACCCUCCCAACCUCAGGGGGACGAGGAGGAGGAGGAGGAGGAGGAUGAGGAGGACGUGGCAGCAGGCACCCGGCCCGGCCCCCGGCGCGCGCUUCCCCCGCAAAAGGGUCAGCUCCAAGUCCCUGAAAGUGGGCAUGAUCCCUGCCCCAAAAAGGAUCUGCCUCAUCCAGGAGCCCAAAGCUCCAAGUCCCUGAAAGUGGGCAUGAUCCCUGCCCCAAAAAGGAUCUGCCUCAUCCAGGAGCCCAAAGUGCAUGAACCUGUCAGGAUUGCCUAUGACAGACCCCGGGGCUGCCCUGCCACAAAGAAGAAAAAGAAAGCCAAGGAGGUGGAGGAGCCCCAGAAGAGGCUGAGCCCCAGGAACGUGGGCUUCCAGAUGCUGCAGAGGAUGGGCUGGCAGGAGGGGCACGGCCUGGGCACGCGCGGCCGCGGCAUCCGCGAGCCCGUGCGCCUGGGUGCCACCUCGGCCGGCGAGGGGCUGGGAGUGGCCGGGGAGCAGAGCCACGAGGACGCCUUCGACAUCUUCCGCCAGAGGAUGAUCCAGAUGUACCGGCAGAAACGGGCGAGCAACUCCAGGCUCUCUUCCAUGAAGACCCCAGAGCCCCUCCCCUCCCUCCCGUGCUCUCUCUGCUGGAUUUUGGUCGGAUUUCCCUGGAAUUCCAUCCCAAACUCUGGAUUUUCCAUCCCAAAUUCCAGAUUUUCCCUGGAAUUCCACCCCAAAUUCCGUAUUUUCCAUCCCAAAUUUCAGAUUUUCCAUCCCAAAUUUCAGAUUUUCCCUGGAAUUCCACCCCAAAUUCCAGAUUUUCCAUCCCAAAUUUCAGAUUUUUCGUGGAAUUCCACCCCAAAUUCCGGAUUUUCCAUCCCAAAUUUCAGUUUUUCCCUGGAAUUCCACCCCAAAUUCUGGAUUUUCCAUCCCAAAUUUCAGAUUUCCCCUGGAAUUCCACCCCAAAUUCCGGAUUUUCCAUCCCAAAUUUCAGAUUUUCCCUGGAAUUCCACCUCAAAUUCCAGAUUUUCCACCCCAAAUUUCAGAUUUUCCCUGGAAUUCCACCCCAAAUUCCGGAUUUCCCAUCCCAAAAUUCAGAUUUUCCCUGGAAUUCCAUCCCAAACUCUGGAUUUUCCCUGGAAUUCCACCCCAAAUUCCGGAUUUUCCAUCCCAAAUUUCAGAUUUUCCCUGGAAUUCCACCCCAAAUUCUGGAUUUUCCAUCCCAAAUUUCAGAUUUUCCCUGGAAUUCCACCCCAAAUUCCCUCCUUUCCGUGCAGCUUUCCAUCCCAAGAGAGGAGAAAUGAACAUUUUUUCCCCCAUUUUGGUGUCAGUAACACUUUGGUAGAAAUGUUAAAUCCAAUAAAUGUAGAGCUGGACAAUUCCUGCUUCCUGUGAUCUUUAAUUUGGAUUUUUCCUUGUGACUUUGGCCCUUUGCAGGAGAUACGCAUUUGUAUUUUUAUUUUCAUUAAAUUAAAUUUAUUUUUUUUUGGGUGGAAUUUGGAAUUCCUCUGGGUGCAGAGCAGGAUUUUGGGGGUCAAAAUCUAUUUUUGGGAUGGGAUUCCUCACCAAAAACUGGAAUUAAUUCUUUCCCAAAAAUCAAUGUACAACUUCUUUAUUUUUUGUUUUUCCUCUUGACCUCCCACUCUACUUCCAAUUUUUAUUUUGCCCAAAUAAAGCCUGGCCUCAAAAAUCCAAAUAUUCUCCUUUUGCCUUCUUCCCUACCCUACAGCAGCUACAUUUUCUAAUUAAAACCCAAUUAAACCCCUUUUUAAUCACCUUUUUAAUCCUGCAUGCCAAGCACGGCCCCAGGGGGGUUUGAGCAAUAAAAACACCUGAAAAAUCAGAAUAUGCUGAAAGCCCCACGGGGAU